GGAUUAGGGGACUGUCACGGAGGAGAAUUGUCAUUGGGAUGGGACAAGACUGGCUUACUGUCAGCAAUGGCUCCACUUGGCACAGAGAAGCAGACAUGAUCUAGGCACAGAGGUCAUCAAGGCCCUUGACCUGGCAGCCUCAUGUCUACGCUCUGCACUUCUGUCACAAGGUGGCGCUGCUGCAAUGUUGAUUGAAAGGCUUCGCAGAAUCAGCUCUGUCCUCUUACAACCCAGUGUGUCUCCAGCUGCAGAGCCAAUGCCAGGCCCCUGAAAGGUCCCACAAGCAGGUUGUGGGUAUAGGCUCAUCUGGGAUUGGAGAGAGGAUUCAUACUCUCCUGAGUUGCCCUUGGCACUGGCACUUCCCUUGCUCCUCUUCACUCGUUCCUCUUUGUGCCAGACUGUUUGCCUGUCAUGUCUCCGGCAUGUCGUGAUUUGGUCUGGGUGGUGUUUGGGGAAGCAGCAACCAGGAAAACAUCUUGGGUGCUGCAUGGAGCUGUGUAGGUAUCUUGAUGCCAAUCUCAGUGCUCUGGCAUGGUGCCAGAGAGUCCUGGGUGAUACAGGGAAGGACCCCUUGCAAGCACUGCAGUUCCUAUGGUAGUUUUCACAAAUGCAGCUGGGCAUUAUCAUGUUCUUCUACCCUGCAUUUCAGGUAACAGAGGGAGGAGACGGGAAAGGCUCCAGUUCGGAUGAGAAGCAGGAGAAGAAACAGAAGGAAAAUACAGCCUAUGCCAAGAAAGUGGUGCUCCGGAUAGCAGGGCUAAUGGGAGUUGGUAGUGGGAUCGCAGUUAUCUAUAUUUUUGGUAGUAAUUCAGUGGAUGAGCAAGGGGUUAAGGAGUGAUGUGCUGUAGUCUGAGGCCAGUCAGAGUCCAGGAUCGCUAUCCCUGAUUUGGUGAGAUCUUUUUCGGUCUGUGUAGCAGCCAAUAGCCUUUUUAGGAAGGCACCAAAAUCCAGAAAGCUAACAGGAAGAAAAACAAACAAAAAUAAGAAUAUCGAAUGCUGCUUUUACUAGUAGGUGUCAACAAGCCUGCUGGAGCUGAAAAGACUUCUGCACACCUACUGGGAAGGAAUACCUUUGUGGUGCCCUUUUGUCAACAAAAGGGUGUGUCCACAAUGUGCUGUCCCUUUAAGAACCACGCACAUGGGCUCUCCUCUUGGCUGACUUCAGCUAAGUGCUAGGAAAGAUAUUGCACCCUUUGGUUUUCCUUUUGACACAACGCCCUUGACUGCUGGACCAAACUCCCAACUCCCUAAAGUAUGCUGUGGGAGAGGAGAAUUAAUUCCCUCAAUCUGGCCCAACCCAGCUAGCCAGGAUGGCACUGUGUGUUCAGGUAGCUGGCGUCCUCCUUUUAACCAGAGGGAGGGGUUUUAACAAGGGAUGUAAAGGGUUAACCAGUUACCCAGUAAACCUUUGUCUUACUGGCAUGUUUACCAGGGUAACCAGUUAACAUGGCUGGGACAGAGCAGCCCCCCACCUGCAGUGCGGUGCAGCGAGCCCUGCCCAGCCCAGCUAGGCCGGAGCAGCCCAUGAUGCGGCAGGUCCAGCUGGUGCAGCUUAACUGGUUAACUUUUAAAGUGGGAUUUUACAUCCUUAAUUUUAAUCCAUUCCCCUUCUACAGUCAGUCUCCCCAAGCCAAGUUCGGCGCAUGGAUUUUCACUUGUCUUGCCCUCUUCUCUGUCUAGAUGGCACUGUUGAGCUUUAUAACCUCACUGAGCCCCUGUGAACUAGUGGACUAUGGGACCAGUUGCCUCCCUUAAGGUUAAACUGCUCCAUUGAAGCUGUUUGUUUUUGUUUGAAAGGCCAAACAAGCAGUUUGAGGCUGCUCUGUCAGCUGCAGCUACUGGUGCAAAGCCUUGUGCUGCACGAUAGGAGAAAUGGGGCAGUUGUACAUCUCAGUCACACUCCCUUGACACGCUCAGGGGAACUCUGGCCUUCUUGCAGCGCAGCUCUGGAUGAAAGCAAAGAAGCUGCAAUGCUGGAUUCCAUAAAUAUUCCUUAAAUACGUUAGUACUGGAAGGUUUACCCAGUGUUGCUUGGGUCCUAACUCACUGUUUGUUUUUUUCAUUGAAUCCUUGC